AUGGCCCAGCCGAACGGUCGUGCUCCCUCGCCCCUCCCCCCGGUCCCCCUCUCGGCCCGGGCAGGCUCACCGCAGGGCACAGCGCCUAUCAGCUCCUCAGAGAGCAGAUCUAGAUUCGGUGCCGAGUCAGCUAUGGGCCUGCUGGUGGAGAAUCUGAAGGAUAGGCUGUUGUUUGCUAUCCCCAAGAAGGGGAGAUUGCACGAGAAGUGCUUGGAGCUGUUAGCUGGUGCGGAUAUCAAGUAUAACCGGGCGCACCGGCUAGACGUCGCUCUUGUCCAGAACCACCCAAUAGCACUCGUCUUCCUCCCCGCCGGCGACAUCCCCCGUUUCGUAGCCCUCGGUUCCGUCGCCCUGGGCAUCACCGGCCAAGACAUGAUUGCCGAAUCCACCCACGCGGACGAAAUCACCGAGCUCCACCCACUCGGCUUUGGCAAGUGCAAGCUGCAACUCCAGGUACCCGUCAACAGCCCGCACCAGACGAUCGAGGAGCUCAGCGGCAAGCGGAUCGCGACGAGCUUUGAGGUGCUCGCCGGGGAGCUGUUCCGAGGGGUGGAUGCGCAGGUCGGCGGUGGGAAGGGGGGAAAGACGCAAGUGGAGUAUGUCGGUGGGAGUGUGGAGGCUGCUUGUGCUCUGGGAAUGGCAGAUGGGAUUGUGGAUCUCGUCGGCAAGUCUCAAUCCGGAGACACCAUGCGCGCAGCGGGCCUUCACGCAAUCCACACCCUCCUCUCCUCCGAAGCCGUCCUCAUCACCUCCCGCACCCCUCACCCGACCCUCACACCCGCCCUCGCCCCGAUCCUCCCCAUGAUCAAGUCCCGAAUCGCCGGUGUGAUCGCUGCCAAGCGCUACGUCUACGCCUCGUACAAUAUCCAGCGGGACGCCCUGGAGACUGCUCUCAAAAUCACGCCCGGUCGGCGCGCACCGACCGUCAGUCCCCUGGACGAGGGCGGGUGGGUCGCCGUCAGUGCAAUGGUGGAGAAGAAGGAGGUGGCGAGGGUGAUGGAUGAUUUGGAGGCGGCGGGGGCGGAGGAUGUGUUGAUUAUGGCGUUGGAAAAUUGUCGUGUGGGCGUGUAG